AGGGCUGCGAGACACCGCGCAGGAAGGGAAGAAGAGAAGAGGGGCGGAGAGGAAAAAGAGAACGGGACGCCCUCCUUUCUCUGCCUCCCUGGCUCUUUCCCGGCACUCUAGCCUACUCCAGAAUAACGCCGCGACCAAAAAGUUUUUCACAGGGGCAAACGCAGACUGUCGUUUAUCCAAGGGGAAUAAACAACCAACGGGCAUAGCGCAGGGACAAGAGGAUAAACCGUAUUUGUUCCCUGAUUCCUCGUUUCUGGGUUUCCCCCAUUUUAGAGGAUAAUUGACAGCAUGGAAGAUUUAGGAAUGCCUGAGCCACUCUCAUACCCUCUCAGUCCGCGUAUUGUUGUGUUUGACCAUCUCCUGGCUGACCUUGAGAGCUGCACGUCGCCCUUGGCCAGGUGUCCCGUGCUGCUGACGUCUGACCCCCCUGCAGACCCUGACCCCCCGUCGGCAGAGCCCAGACCGCCUCCCCCUGCGUACACUCCCCAACAGACGGUUUCCUCGGCCUUGAAGACCAACGGGUCACAGAAUGCCAAUCCAGACAAACUCUAUAGUACGGUGUGUAAGCCCCGGUCUCCGCGUACCCCUGAUCCUCCUCCUGCCUUCUCCUCUUCCUCCGUGUUGGGCGGAGGCCUGAGUGAACUAGACCACCUCCUCCAAGAGCUCAACGCCACGCAGUUCAACAUCACAGAUGAGAUCCUGGCUCAGUUUCCCAGCAGCAAGAAGGACGAGAGGGACAAGAUGAAGGACUUCCAGAACUCCAAAUCAGGACCGCCCACAGGACCUAAGCCAUCGGCUACUUCCGCCACUCUCGAGCUGGACAAACUGAUGGCCUCCCUCUCAGACUUCAAGGUCCAGAGCACUCCUGCUGCUCCUGUCACUCCAGUGGUGACAUCCACUCAGCCGCCUGCCCCGCCCCCAGCCCAGGCCUCCUCUGGCGGCUCAUUGGACAGCAUGCUGGGGCUCCUCCAAUCAGAUCUCACCAGACAGGGAGUGCCCACCUCCUCAAAGGGAAGCUGCUCUGCUUGUCAGAAGCCCGUCGUUGGCCAGGUGGUGACGGCCCUGGGUCGUGUGUGGCACCCGGAGCAUUUUGUGUGUUCGGAGUGCGAGUGUGAGCUCGGAAACAAGAACUUCUUUGAGAAGGACGGACGACCCUACUGCGAACCGGACUACUUUACACUCUACUCACCGCACUGCCACAAGUGCCACAAGCCCAUACUCAAUAAAAUGGUGACUGCGAUGGAUAAGAACUGGCACCCUGAGUGUUUCUGCUGCGUCAAAUGCAGCCGCACAUUUGGGGACGAAGGUUUCCAUGACCGCGAGGGCCAGCAGUACUGUCAGCAGUGCUUUUUGUCCCUCUUCGCAUCCCGUUGCCAGGGCUGCUCCCAGCCAAUCAUGGAGAACUACAUCUCAGCCCUCAAUUCUCUCUGGCACCCGCAGUGCUUCGUCUGCAGGGAGUGCUACAGUCCGUUCGUGAGCGGCAGCUUCUUCGAGCACGAGGGCCAGCCCCUGUGCGAGGCCCACUACCACCAGUGCCGCGGCAGCGUGUGCCAGGCAUGCCAGCAGCCCAUCCUUGGCCGCUGCGUCAGCGCCAUGGGCGCCAAGUUCCACCCGCACCACCUGCUCUGCAACUUCUGCCUGAAGCCGCUCAGCAAGGGGUGCUUCAAGGAGCAGGAGAGCAAGCCCUACUGCCACCCCUGCUUCAACAAGCUGUUCGGGUGAACAGGGGA